CAAGCUCUUUGUUUGUGAUUGGCAGCAAUGAGAUAUUUACAAAAGUACUUCGUGUCAGAGUUUCAGUUUCAUUAAACGUCGUUGCGGGCAAACGCGUUCGGAAUUUUUUUAUAUUUGUUUUUGGUGCAGAAAAUAUUUAUGUCGUUGUAUUUCCGGUAUUUUAAUUUUUAAUUGAGCCCGGCAUUGAUUGUUAGCCGAUGUGCGUCUGCUAUGGCUGUCGUUGAACGGACCGGUAUUUCUCCGCGGGAUACUCGAGCCGGAGUUGUUUUUAAUUUGAAGCCUUGAGGCUGUGAAUAACCGGAUCAGGGUUGUCAACACUAUUAAGUCUUUUUCCAUUCGGGGGGACCAUGGAGACCACUCAGGUGUCACUUUCUGUCAGGGGGGAGACAUCUCCAGGGGAAGUGAUUGCAGUUGUUGGCAGCUGUGAAGCUCUGGGAUGUUGGGGCUACCAACGUGCCGUCAUCUUACAUCCUGUUGGAGAUGAAGCACACACCUGGACCACCACCGUCCAAGUUCCUCGAGGCGCCGUAACCAAAUAUCGCUACUUCAAAGGCUUCUUUCUGGAAGCGAAGAGUGCAGGUGGUCCCUGUCAGGUGAUAGUCAAUAUGUGGGAGACCCAUCAUCGCCCCCGGACGAUGAGGCCCACAGCACCAAACCAGGAAAUCGACGACGGCCAGUUUGGACUUCACAAUGGGGCGAACUGUGUGGACUCUGGGUGGCUGACGUGCCAGACGGACAUCCGGCUGCGUUUGCACUUCUGCAAACACGCUCCGGUGUCUGUCACUAAGAAGAAGUUCAAGAGGUCACGCUUCAGGAUCAAGCUCACAUUAGAAGGGUUUGAGGAGGAGGAAGACGAGGAUGAUGAGCACAGUCCCUCUUGGCAGACGAUGAGCACCACUCUUGAGAUCAGCAAGAUCAGCGCCAGCGGCUACAAAUCCCGCCACUCCCAGCCGGAGUGCGGAUACGCCCUGGAUCCCUCCCAGUGGACGGAGUACAGCAUCCACACCAUGGAUCCGGACAACCUGGAGCUCACCUUCGAGUUCUUUGAGGAGGACCUGAGCGAACACGUGGUCCAGGGGGACGUCCAUCCCGGCCUCUUGGGGACCGCCUGUCUGCUGUCCUCCCUCCUUAUGGAGAGUGGGAAGGACAGCGGCGUGGUCACGCUUCCCAUCAUGGGACGGAACUCCAGGCAAACCAUCGGGAAAGUUAGAGUGGAUUACCUGGUAAUCCGUCCCAUCCGGGGGCUGCAGUGUGACAUGAGCUCCUCGUACACCAAGCACUGGAAGAAGAGGGGCGCGGUGGAUGUGGGCCACAGAGGAGCCGGCAGCACUCAUGCAGCAAAGCACCACAAAGUCAGAGAGAACACCGUUGCCUCGUUCAUGAGUGCAGCCAGUCAUGGUGCGGCCUUCGUUGAGUUUGAUGUUCACCUCUCCAAGGACUCCGUUCCCAUCGUCUACCACGAUCUGACCUGCUGCAUCUCCACUAAGAAGAAAAACGACAAGAAACUGGAGCUGAUCGAGGUGCCGGUCAAAGAUCUGACAUUUGACCAGCUGCAGCUUUUGAAGCUGGCCCACGUCACGGCAAUGACAGGAAGUGACCACAAAGAUCUUCUAGAAGAUGAGGAUGAGAUCGACGAACAUCAGCCGUUCCCGUCGCUGUCUCAGAUCUUCCAAGCCGUUCCGGAAACCGUGGGCUUCAACAUCGAGCUGAAGUGGAUCAGUCAGAUGAAGGACGGAUCGUGGGACGGAAACCUCUCGUCCUACUUCAACAUGAACACCUUCCUGGACACCAUCCUGUCCUGCGUUCUGCAGAAAGCGGGAAAAAGACGCAUCAUCUUCUCCUGUUUUGACCCAGAUAUUUGCACCAUGGUGCGGCACAAGCAGAACAAGUAUCCCAUCCUCUUCCUGACUCAGGGCAUCUCAGAGAAAUACCCCGAGCUGAUGGACCUUCGCUGUCAGACCACUCAAAUCGCCAUCAGCUUUGCACAGAGCGAAAACAUUCUGGGCAUCAGUGCUCACACCGAAGAGCUUCUAAAGAACCUUAACUACAUCGAAGAGGCUCAGUCCAAAGGCCUGGUGGUCUUCAGCUGGGGGGACGACAACAACGAGCACGAGACCAGAAGGAAGCUGAGGGAGGAGGGCAUCGAUGGGCUCAUCUAUGACAGUAUCUGUGACGCCCAAGCCGAGCAGCCAAACAUCUUCCAGGUAGAGGAGCAGCACACCCUGCAGGAGGUGAUCACGGAGGAGACCCUAAAGAGCUCCGCCUGCUCCUGCUACUCCAUCCCCUGCCCGCCGGCGCCGUGCGCGUCCUGCGGGAGCGCCGAGUCUGACUCGGGCCUCAGCUCUUCCUGAAUCGCACAUGAACGCUGACAACGACCAACUGAAAGCAUGUUCUUCCCCCGUCUCGCCCCCCGUCUCACCUGUGAGGUUCUCUGUAUUUAUUCUUCACAUUUCCAGGUGUUGUUGAGCUUGAGGAGUCUUCAGGACGAUGCAGGUCAAAGGCUUACCUUUAUCUCUUCCUGUUAAAGAAAUUAAAAACCUCAGGUAGAUAAUGCUGUCGUUAAAGUUUAUGAGGAGGAAAACUUUUGCACGCAUCACAGGUGUAUAAAAACCAAAACAAGCUGAAGAGAAGCCAUCAGAGAAACAAAGCCUUUGUGGUGCUACUGUGGACGAUCACGUGAUCUUGUUUUUACGUCUUACUGCGCUGACGGAACCGGAUUCUGUUAGAAGAUACACGAGUUUAAGAUGAUGCUUCGCCAUGGAAACGAAGAGGUUUAGCUGAAAGCACCCCCUUCUCACGCCUUUGAACUUAUGAAGUCGAAAAAAAGCGAUGAAUGUUUUCACGCGUUUGCCUCCGGCUUCGGAGGGAAACGAGCCGUCAAUGUUGAAUGAACCGUUUUCUGCCACCAGCUCCUUCCUGGACACAUCUUUGUGUCACCUCAAAACAUCACACAUUAUGUUUGUACAGUAAACGUCUCAUCGCACAAUCUCUGAUCCGAUGAUUGUUGUUGUUCUGAACGAGCAUCUAUGUGUAAAUACAAUAAAGGAAUAUAUUUCA